GAGAGAACACGCGGAAAGAGGUGAAAGUCCGUGCUCACUAUUUGUUUUUUCCUUCUAUUCAAUCUCGCGACUUCGUGUUCUUGUUCCCCUCCCCUCAUAAUAUUAUAUUAAUGUCGGCGUCCAUGACGAGCUAAAUCCACCUCUCUUUCUCUUCUUAAUUUCUUCCAUAUAAGAAUUCCUCAGAUAGCAAGGAAAAGCUUCCCCUUGUCUCUCUCUACGGCCCAAAGGACUGUUGCAGGUACGGUUGCGAUGACUAUGGCUGCGGCCUGUGCGGAGCGAGCGACGAGCGACAUGUUGAUCGGCCCGGAUUGGGCGAUCAAUUUAGAGUUGUGCGACAUUCUCAAUAUGGAUCCUGGACAAACAAAGGAUGCAUUGAAGGUACUUAAGAAAAAUCUUGGAAGCAAAAGCCCAAAUGUUCAACUUCUGACACUUUCGGUGCUGGAAACUCUAAGUAAAAAUUGUGGAGACACUGUUCACCAACAAAUUGUUGAGCGGGAUAUUUUGCAUGAAAUGGUUAAAAUUGUAAAGAAAAAACCAGCUUUAAAUGUAAGAGAGAAGAUAUUAGUCUUGAUAGAUACCUGGCAGGAUGCUUUUGGAGGGGCAGGAGGAAGAUAUCCUCAAUAUCAUGCUGCAUACCAAGAACUUAGGGCAGCUGGAGUUGAAUUUCCACCCCGUACAGAAAAUGCUGUGCCAUUGUUCACCCCUCCUCAGACACACCCUAUAGCCCAUCAACCAGCUACAUCAGUAUAUGAAAAUGCUGCUUUAGAAGCUUCACUUCAGUCUGAAAUUUCUGCUCUCAGUUUGCAAGACAUUCAGAAUGCUCGAGGAAUAGCAGAUGUUUUAUCUGAAGUGCUCAAUGCAUUGGAUCCUAAGAACCAAGAGGACAUAAAGCAAGAAGUUGUUGUUGACCUUGUUGAGCAAUGCAAGUCAUAUAAAAAGCGAGCCAUGGUUCUUGUGAAUAGUACUGGGGAUGAAGAACUCCUUUGUCAAGGUCUAGCACUUAACGACGAACUUGAGCGUGUACUUGAACGACAUGAUGAUAUCAUCAAGGGAACUACUCGCAGUGGUGUACCUUCAGUUGCUGCAUCUUUGCCUAUUAUUAAUGUAAAUCAUGAGGAUGAUGAAUCGGAGGAUGAUUUCUCUCAGUUGUCUCUCAGGACUUCAAGGGACAGUGCUACUGGGAAUGGUAGAAAAGUUUCUAGUGCCAAAUCACCAAGCCCUCUUCUCCCCCCACCUCCUCCUUCAAGGCCAAUUGGCACAGAGUUAAGCAAGGUAGACUAUCUGAGUGGUGAUGCCUACAGAUCAGAACAAUCAUUUGAUGCUCCUGUUAACACACUGCAACACACUCUUUCCCCACCUCCAUCCAAAUCUUCUGAUCCAGCUCCAUUUCUGGAGUCUUCUAACUUGCCCAGAUAUGAUGAGCCUAUUCAAGCAGAGAGAUCCAAUGUUGAACUGCCGAAGGCUUCUUGGGAAUCCCAGACUCUUGGUUCACUGCCACCCCAGGUGCUGGAUUACAGCCAAAGAGAGCAGAUUUUUGAGCUUCAGAAGCAUGGUUCAUCUAGUGGAGAUGCCAUAUCUCCUUACAAUGCACCUCUAAUGCAAUAUCAGAACUCAUCUUUUAGUCACGAUACUUCAAGUUUGGAUCAACAUCAUAACCAACAAAGCUUCAGAAGCCAGGAUGUGGCACCUGCAGCCAGACAAACCAAGCCAGAGGACGCUCUCUUCAAAGACUUGGUCGACUUUGCAAAGGCCAAAUCAUCUUCAUCACCCAAUGCACCCAACACUAGUGGAACUCGCUGAUCAGUGACAAGCCAUUCAUUUCGUCGUGCUUAGUGAAAUAAAGGGGAUUUUAUUCUCAGUUUGGUUUUGUUCAAGUUGUUUGCUCUAUGGUGUAUAUGAACGAGGUGGAUUGCAUUUUCUCUGGUCAUUCUUCUUUUGUAAUCUAUGGCUUCAUUACAUCAAAUGUUUUAUAAAAUUUAAUUUGUGCUA